UUAUUUUCCCAAAGACAAAGUUAUAUAUAUACAUACAUAUUUCUGAUUUCCUCUGUUUGUUCAAUUGUUAUUGAGGUUCCCAAUGAAAGUAAAGCGCAGUUCUUCUGAUAUGGAGGAUAGUUGUAGAGGUAGGAAUAAGAAGGCAAGAGCAAGAAGGAAUGGAGGCGAAUCAGUAGAGGACGCCAUUGAGAAGUGGAGAAGGUACAACAACAACAGCAGCCAAGUUCGGUUCAGUGAAGAAAAUAAAGGCCUCCAAAGGGUUUCUAAGGCUCCUGCCAAAGGUUCUAAAAAAGGGUGUAUGAGAGGGAAAGGAGGGCCUGAGAAUUCCGGGUGCAAGUACAGAGGUGUACGGCAAAGGAUAUGGGGGAGGUGGGUGGCGGAGAUCCGACAACCCAUCAACGGUGGUCAUCAUCUAGUGAGUAAAGGGAACAACAGGCUUUGGCUUGGAACCUUCUCUAAUGCCAUUGAUGCAGCUCUUGCUUAUGAUGAGGCAGCAAAGGCUAUGUACGGUCCUUACGCUCGCCUCAAUUUCCCCCAGCACCAUUCCAAGGAAUCAGUCGAUAAUUUCGGCAACAGAGCGUCUGCUUCAUCCACCAUUGAGAUAUGUUCAAUCGAGUCUGGUUCGACAUCCCAUUUCGAUGAUGAAAGAGCCAAAAAGGAAUCAAGUACUACUUAUGAGUCCCCUGCAGUACAACCUGUUGAAGAAUCAAAGAUAAUCCUACAGGGUAAUUCGUCAGAGAAACACAAUUGUAAUUACCUAUAUAAUGAAGACCGAGAUUCCGGCAUUUCGAUUUCGGAGUUAGAGCCUUGGAAGGAUGUUAAAGCUGAGAUGCCGGCAGAAGUGGAGGUUGAAUCUGAUUUUUAUAACUACAACAGUUUGGAUAGUCUUUAUGAUGAGCCCCAAGAUUUGAGCUGCCAGCAACAACUUCAUACUCCAUCAUCUGUUGGUGAUCUCUUUAACGACUUCAAGAACAAAUUGGAGUGUAUGGAUAGUUUGUCAGCCGAUGCGAAGCCUUUUGACUUAAUUAAGAAAGAAAAAGAUUACAAUUCUGAUCGACUUGAUUCUCCUUCUACGAGCUACAUUCAAAGAGGUGGAAGUGGCUUAGCCUUCAACCAUGAUGAUGAGAUAGGCUUUGAUUUAGAUUACACUAUGGACUUUUUGGCACCUGAGGCUGAUUUGGACUUCCUAGAAGCCAUGAAAUUCACUGGUUUAUAGUUUUGAUUAAUCCAUUAUUUUUA